AUGAUAGAGGACGGCGAUGAGUGCGCUGGAGCAGAUCAACCUCUCCGACUAAAUGCUGCAGCAACAAACGCGGAGCCUCUGGAGUUCGCGGUCAGGGAUCUCCUCCUGAAGAGCUUUUGUCAAACGCUUCUUACAGCAUCGCACUUCAACCCGCCGCACAGGCAGGGAGAAUGGGCAUCUCUGUUUGUGAGAACGCUGUGCGGCCACAGGAGAGUUCUACGCGCAGUUCUUACCCGAGUCCUGCACCUGAUCAGCCACCAGGGUCCUUCUCUAAGUGACAGCCACAUAUUGGGACUGGCUGCUUUCGCAGUCCACGUGCACAUCUCGCAAAGCUUCCUGCCACUGGUGGAUUCGAUGGACCAGGAAGAAAAAUCAGGUGUCAAAGCGGGGGUUUUCUUCAGCAAACACCUGACCCAGUUUCUCAGCUGCACAACUGGACAAUCUUUGACAUUCUGUAUGAGGUUUUGUACAGCAGCUGUUGCUUACGGACUCUGCCUCUCGUCACCAUCUACUGUUGACAUUGUGAAGCAGGCUGUUCCUUCUGGGUUUGUUCAAAAGUUUCUGUAUGUGCUUCCGCGACUAAUUCCGGCGUCUCGAGCAGAACAGGGAGAAGUGACGGAAUCUAUGUGGCCUAACCUGACUUCUCCUGAUUUAAAUUGGACUUCCGCUGCCCUUUCAGCGUUUAAACACAGUCAAUUCAAGGAGCUAACAAGAGUGAAGGACUUUCAGUUAACGUUCCGUGAUUGGUUGAUGGCUGAGUUGGAUAUGCAACCACAUGAGGAUGUACUGUCUGACAUAGACAGACAAGACUAUCAACACUGGGUCUGUUACCAACAUUACCUCCCGUCUCCAUGUUCAGCAGGAGGAUGUGGUGGGGAUUUGGAGACAAUGUGUAGGACCAUCAUCAAUACCUUAAUGGAUUUCAGUAAAAGAGUUAAGCUGCAAUGCUGUCACCAGUCCGAUCGCUCACGCCCUGCCUCACUCCGGACUUCAUGCUAUGUGGACAUUCUUUGCCGCCUACAGGAGAUGGUGUUUGAGCUGGAGCAAGUUCGAGCGAGGAAAGUGAAUAAAAGUGCCAGGCGGGAGAGCGGCCACUUUCUGCUGGAUAUUUUUGGGGAGCGAGCAGCGAGUCUGGGGAACACGGAGUUGAGAAAGCAGUUAGAACACGAGCUGGAAUUACAGAUAUUCGUAAGGAUUCUCGUAGCACUUCCUCCCAGUGCGCUGUUUCGGACUCGGGAGGAGAGACUGACGGUCACUGUGGAAUGUGAGGAGUUCUUUCACUUCACAAAUAAAGAGCUGAGGAAUGGCUACUGUAAAGACGGUGUGAUCCUUUAUGACAGUACCGCACACUUCUUCAGAGGUUUGCUUAGUGCUUGUGCUGACUGUGAAGAAGCAGAUCAUGUCCUUGCUGCUUUCCUGAAUGAGUGCAGAGCACGCUGCCCCCUGCUCCUGUUGUCUGCAGCGUGGUGGUGGCCAAGACUAGAGCCGGUCCUCGUUACACAGUGGAAGAGGUUCAGUGAGGCUUCACUUCCCAGAGAACUGCAGAGGUUGGCAGAGGAUCAUUGCUGGGCCAACAGAUUACUCUCAGGUACAGUUGACGAUCCCCCAUCUGAUGCUCCCUGGAUACUGGGUGCCUUUUUAUAUUUCACAUUCCGAAGGGAGAAUAGACUCUGGGGCCUCGAGACUGUGAUGAGAAAGAUAUGUGCAGAAAACGAACAGCUCCAGGUUUCCGUGUUGUUUCUCAGUCUGAUGGAUCUCAUCUCAUCCACCCUGCUGCCAAAGGAAUCCUUAGAUUUAACUGUUGCAGUAAAAACGUGUGCUGAUGUGGUGAGAGCCUUAGAGGAGCAGGACAAACCCUGGCUUCAUGUAUUCCUGGUGACAGACAAAGAUUGUGGGCCUCAUCAGAUCCUACACAGCAUGAUCUCGGACGUGCAGAUUCGAUUACUUCCGCUUGCAUUCUACAGGUUGGUUCUUGAUCUGGGCUCCACGUUGCUUUCCUCGGUUAUCAAGCGCCCAGGGUUCCUGUUGAUCGCUGUCACGAUGUACGCAGCAAUGGGCCAGCUCUAUCUUGAUGGAGAAGGUGUCGUCCCAGCCUUUGAUUACUGUGCAGUACAAACCCCUGAGCAGCCUGACCUUCUGGGAUUAAUAACUCACGGACGACACUUCCUCCUUCGUACAAUUCCAUGCUGUCCUAGACAGACAAACUCAGAACGCAAACAACUACAGGAAGUUUGUAAGGACAUUGACCCGGAGGUGAAAGCCAAACUUGACCACAAUCUGCAGGUCGGCAAAAGUGAUGAACAGUACUCGGAGCCUGAUUUGCUAUAAAAAAAAUAGAAUUGGGUCAAGUUUAACAGAUUAUGAAUUUUUUUUGGAACUAUUUUUGGUGUUGGUAGAACCUGGAUAGUGCCGCCUGUAUCACUUGCUGUAACACUAACAUAUUAAAAUCCAGUACCUCAGGUUCUUACACACUCGCGAGGCGCUCUCAAAACAUAUCUUUUUAAUGACAAAAGGAAUCCAGCCCAGGAACUUUUGUCCCUCACUUUAACUAAGCACACAAGCAAGCACUGCAGCAUUUUCUUAAAGGAACUUUAUUAAAAUAGUGAUCUCAUUUUGAAAAGUGCCAUAAAUUUGCAGUUCAAAAUACUUAGCGUGCAACAAGAUUGAUUUCAGCAUCAACACAUAAUUCAAUUAAAGGUGCUUAACUGCUUUGCCAAUACGCAGUGUUUCAAAACCAGCCAUCUUAUCCCUACAAAACUUAAAGCUACAACCAACUUCAAUGACCACAGUCUGCUGAAUAACUUGGACUUGAAGGACAAGGUACCAAUAGUAAAAGUUGUGGUGCACAUUCUGCAGAACUGUCAUUAAGUGAGUUUAAAAAAAAUAUAUCCA